AUGGCCUGUGAGCCGCAGAUGCCUGGCGGGGCGGCCGGCCCUUGGCCACCUCCUUCUCUGGCUGAGUGCCUGCCGGUGGGGAGCCUUCUUGGCUGGGGGCAAGAUCUCCGCAAUGGCCAGGUCCUUACGGUUCUCCGGAUCGACAAUACCUGUGCACCCAUCUCCUUUGAUCUGGGAGCCGCAGAACAGCAGCUGCAGACCUGGGGCAUUCAGGUCCCGGCUGACCAGUACAGGAGCUUGGCCGAGAGCGCCCUCUUGGAGCCCCAAGUGAGAAGAUACAUCAUCUACAACUCCAGGCCCAUGCGGCUGGCCUUCGCUGUGGUUUUCUAUGUGGUGGUGUGGGCCAACAUCUACUCCACCAGCCAGAUGUUUGCCCUGGGGAACCACUGGGCGGGCGUGCUGCUGGUGACCCUGGCCGCGCUGAGCCUGACGCUGACUCUCAUGCUCAUCUUCGAGAGACACCAGAGGAAGGCCAACACCAACACGGACCUCAGGCUGGCGGCUGCCAACGGAGCCCUGCUGCGACACCGGGUGCUGCUGGGCGUGACGGACACGGUGGAGGGCUGCCAGAGCGUGAUUCAGCUCUGGUUUGUCUACUUUGACCUGGAGAACUGUGUGCAGUUUUUGUCUGAACAUGUUCGAGAAAUGAAGACUAGCCAAGAGGUAAGAUACCUUGAAAUGGCCCAGCAGCUGCUGGCAGUGUUUGGCGGCUACUACAUCCGGCUCCUGGUGACCUCCCAGCUCCCCCAGGCAGUGGGGACACGACACACAGACUCUCCAAGGGUUCCGUGCCCCUGCCAACUCAUAGAAGCCCACAUCCUGGGCACAGGGUGCUGCCCGUUCCUGGCCAGGUGACCUAGGCACAAAGGUACUCAUCCUCCUCCAGGACUGAAGGCGAGAAGUCAGGGAGGCCUCAGGAGCCCAGGGUGGCCCAUGGUGAGCCCUAGGCGAGGAGAAAAGCAUCUGGGGACACUCUGAAGGGUGUGUCACAUCAGCAAUGGGGUGUCGUGCUCACUCCAGGACCCUGCACAGAAGUGACUGUUGACAUCCCCUGGUGACUCCAGGCCUUUUCAGAAGCAAUGGUUGCCAGCUGCUCCCACCUGCAAGCUACUCUCCGGGAUGCUUGGAACUGUGGGCCUGGAGGGAAGGGCCGCUCUGCCAUCCCGUUCACUGUCUCAACAGCCCAGCAAAUGUGAAGACGACCAUCAACAUUUGGUCUCUGCUGAUGCCCCCAUCUCCACCCUCUCACGUCAGAUGGGGAAACAGAGGCCCUGGGAGGAUGCUGCUCUGUGUGGCCCUGCCUUGAGCCUCUAGGAUGACAAGGCUGCCUCUUCCCAAUCUGAAAAAAAAGAAGUCGAUUCUCAGAAUGUUCUCCUUCUUUAAGUUUUCUCCUGUAUUUAAGGAAAAACAGUGGUACCUCUGCUUGUUGUCUGCCAGUACACAGGCUACCAGGAGACAGAGGAAAGAAAGAAACAGCACGAAACUGCUAGUGGGGCUAUUUGGAGAAGACCCGUUUUGAGGACUUGCUUCACUCAAAGGCCUGUGUGCUUGUGGCUGUGGUUUUAUGCUGCAGGUGGAGAGCAACGCCCGGUUUCCUGGCCCUGGCCCUGUCCUGGAAGAAGCAUCCUCUGUCACUCGUGGGUCCCAUGAAGAGCUGAGCCUUCAUUUGCAGUUUGGCCUCACCUCCCACGAAGUACAAAGUUUCAUAAGUUGAAACGUUUUGCUGGACUGACAUACCUAUGCCAUAGUAGCUGUUGGCUCCUAUGCAUGCUUCAGAGCCCCGCCUUUCUUACCCCACCUUUAGGAAGCUUUCCAACACAGCCAGGCCUGCUACUGUUUGCCUCCUUUUAAAUUCUUGAUGUAGCUGCUGCCUUUACUGAUGUUUUAUUUUAUUGAUUCUAUUUUUCUGUGCACAUGCAUAUUUUCCUAGCUAGACUGUAAGUUCCUCAAGGAAAAAUACCACACCUGAUCUUUUGUGAAUGGCCUGGUCCUGCUAAGGGGUAAUUGCUUUGUCAUCUCCAUAGUAGCUUUGGCAAGUAGCUUUUUGUGAGAUCAAAUGAUGAGGUUGGUACAGACCUGGGUUCUGGUCCUGAACUGCCACUUCUAGCUGUGUAACUUUUGGCUGGUCCUCAGUUUACCCAUCUAUGUAAAGGGUAGAUUCCAUGACUCUUAAUGGCCCCUCCAAAGCCAAAGUUCUGGAAAGGUCCUUUUUUUUUUUCUCCAUUAUGGCCCUUUGUCUGUCUUACUUCUUUGCCUUUAUGUACAUAUAGAAAGGUUCUAGAGCGGUGGCCACCAACCUUUCGGACCUCACGGACCACCAGUGGUCGCGGACCACAGGUUGGCAACCGCUGCUCUAGAGCCCCACAUGGAUGAGGUGUCCCAGACCCGAUGCACCUUUGGACAGAACACUGGCCUCGCUAGCAGGAGACCUGGAUUCUCAUUCCAGAUCGGCUGCUUCCUAGCGGCGUGACCUUGGCUAGGUCACUUAACCUCCCCGAGUGUCAUUCCCUCCUUUAUAGAUGGAUCUGGUGAACAUGAAAUGUAAUAACAUGGGUGACUUGCCGUGCAAGAGAUGAGUCUAACUCUUGCUUUCUCUGGGCCAGAGGAGAGAAAUCGUGUGUAGAGCAGCCCUUGGAAAUGGCUGUGUUAGGCAUUUCUCUUUAGCCAGCUUUUAGGGCAGCUUUGCUCAAUGAGAAUUAUUCAUGAAGGUGAUUAUUACUCUCUUUGUCACCUGCCACAGAGGAAGUGUGGGCUGUGAAUGUGAUCAGUAGAAGCCCGUACUUAUCAUCCAAGCAUAAAAUCCUGGUAAGUAUAAUAACAAUAAAAAUGUGUGGAAAAUGACAAAACAGCAGUUUUCCCAUGUUAGGGCUUAAAGGGUCCUUGCGUGUCCUUCCCUGCCUUUCCUCCGUUUCUAACGGUCUCCCCUGCCGGGUGGGGCGUUCAGCUGUGCCCACGAGGUACAUGCUCAGCUUUCUCAUUGAGGAAAUUCUGUCAUCUCUGUCUUGCCCACUUCACAGGGCUGCCAGAAAGAUCAGGUUCCACAAAUGAACGUGCACCCUAAGUUUGAAGGCCCUGUGUUCAUGGCAGCCAUGGCGAUGGGGAAGGUGGGACAGUGUCUGAAGUGGGUGCUUGGGUUCUAGAGUCACACUGAUUCCAAUCCGAGUUCUCCCCACCCUUAGGUCUCACUCCUCCCAUGUGGAAUGGGGAUAGGAGUGCCUACCUGGCAGGUUGUUGUGAAGAUCACAUGACAUAAAAAAAUGUCAAGUGCUUGCAGCUUUGAGUUGCAAGCUUGAGAAAGAGCUCAAUAAAUGGUUGCUGUUUUUCUUAAA